GACUGUUGAGGUUAUACCAAACCAAACAAGUACGGUACUCAUUGGUUUACAAUAAAUUAAGAAGCAUAUAACUCAUUAUUCAUAUCUGGUUGAAAAGUUAAUUUUUGUGUGUUUUAUUGUGUAGAGGAAUAAUUACAGUAUGCUUCCAUAAAUCCUAGGCAUAGUUUCGAACGAGAAAAAUCAUUUAACACAAGCAAGACAGAAGCAAUGGGUUUAACAAAUACUGAUAUUCUUAAGUUGAAAGUGCCAGAAUUGAAGAAAGAGUUGAAGCUUCGAGGUUUAAAUACGACCGGAAACAAAAACGAUCUACUUGAGCGGUUACAAGAAGCUUUAAAAUCCCCUGAAAUGAGCAGUGGAUCUUUAGAAUCUGACAUAUUGGAGGAUGAUCUUCUGAAUGAUGAUGACGAUGAACACCACAAUACGAGUGAAACAGUUAUAGAUUCUGAUGUAGAAAAAGUUUUGGAAGAAUCUUCAGUUACUCUUCCCAAUUUGAAACAUGAGAGCCCAAUUAGUGAGAGUUCCAAUGGUAUUGAGAAAAAAGCAAAAAAAAUAAAGCUCCAAAGGGAUAUUCCAUCAUUGGAUGAAACUCAAUCAAGUGUCAAGCCUUCUGUUAAUAGUUCUAGUGAAAAUUCGCAACCUAAAGUCAUUAAACUCACUGGAAUGAGUUUUAAAGAAAGACUUGAAAUGAGGGCUAAAAAGUUUGGUGUUGAACUACCAGGAUCUGCAAAACUCCUUGCAAGGGCUGAGAGAUUUGGAGCUCUGGAGAAUUCUUCAGAACCUAGUGAAAUAGAAAAACUCAAAAGGAGAGCUGAAAGAUUUGGAGGAUCGGUUGCCAAAACAAUGACCAAGUUGGAGAUGAAAGAAAAAUUAGAAGCCCGAAAAGCUAGAUUUGCUGCAAGUAAAUAAGAACUGAAACUGAACUCCAACAGUUAAUUUAUCAAGUGAGGUAUUGAUCAUAGACACUUUAAUUUUCUCUUUUAAAAGUUAACAGAAAGGUAGUAUUUCCAUGUAUACUAUGAUUUUGCUUCCUAAGUUUUGUGAAAUUAUUGGUUGGAAUAAUAUUGUCAUCAUCAGUGAAUAAAUCUAUUCAUGCAUUUAAUCUAGUUUAAUAUUAUUUUGUAAUACUAAGGAUAACUUUUUAUAUUCAUUGUUCAUACAAUUAUUUUUAAUUUUGAGAACAUUAGCUGGAAAUAAUGUCUAGAAGUUCAUGUUCCACAUUCUAAUUCAAAGUUAUGAAUAAUCCACAAAUUUGGAAUCAAUAAAUUCGAAUUCUUUUAUAUGAUCACACUGUUAUUCAACUGAACAAUAAAUUGGUAUCAAAAUUAAAA